AGAAUGUGUAGAAGUUUCUUGGGUGGCAAAAAGAGGCGUGUAACUCAUAUUACAAGGAUCGCAGUUAAAAAGAGUUAGCAAGACCCUCACAUAACGUACGUCACUCGGAGACAAAUGCGGUAAACAAAUCCUUUCACACGGAACUUUCUCGACAUAAGACGUAACGCAGUACCUUCUCGCCCCUUCCUUUUUGUUUCCCACCCCUGACCCCCCUAUCCUUCUCUCCAUCUUUCUCUCUCUCCCCUUCAUUCCCUCCUUUUAUUAUUAUUAUUCCCUCACAUCGGAACCUUCUAGAAUCACCUCUUUCUCUCUCUCUCAUCCGACUCCUCCAUGACUCCGCCUCCACCCACGCCGGUGGACACCUCCGAUUCCCCCGCUACCGGCGGUGAGUCUCAGAGAUCCAUUCCGACUCCCUUUCUAACUAAGACCUACCAGCUCGUUGAGGACCAGUCCAUUGAUGACGUCAUCUCCUGGAACGACGACGGAUCCACCUUCAUCGUCUGGAAUCCUACCGUCUUCGCCAGAGACCUUCUCCCUAAGUAUUUCAAGCACAACAAUUUCUCCAGCUUUGUUCGCCAGCUCAACACCUAUGGCUUUAGAAAAGUUGUACCUGAUCGGUGGGAAUUCUCCAACGACUGUUUCCGCCGGGGAGAGAAGCGCCUCCUCUGCGAGAUUCAGCGCCGGAAGAUCUCCACGCCGUCACCGUCGCCGUCUCCCACGGCUGCCGGGAUUGCCACCGCCACCGUCGCGGUUCCUUCUCCGAUGCCGUUGACCGCCAUACCCACGGCGAUGCCGAUAAUAUCACCGUCUAACUCCGGCGACGAGCAGGUGAUAUCGUCGAGCUCUUCGCCGUCGCGAGCCCCGGCGGAGCUCCUCGACGAAAACGAGAGGCUACGGAAGGAGAACGUGCAGCUGACGAAGGAGCUCGCCGAGAUGAGAUCGCUUUGCAACAACAUCUUCUCCCUGAUGUCGAAUUACGCCACCACCAACGCCGCCACAACUACCACCACAAACAACAGCAACAGCAACCAAAUCAAUGGAAGCGCCCAAGGAAGCAGAGAUUCCGCUUUCACGGCAGUGAGGCCGCUAGAUUUGAUGCCGGUGAAGAGGAGUUCGAGCGGGGAACCGUGGACGGAAACGGCGACGGCGAUGAUGGUGGAGGAGAUGAAUCCUGGUAGUGGUGGUGGAGGAGAAGGGGAGGAGGAUACGCUGUUGCGCCUUCAUCAGCCUGGUUAUGCGGACGUGAAAUCGGAGCCGUUAGAUUGCCAGAACCAUCGCGAUAAUAGUAGUAAUCAGGAGACCCCAUGGCUGAAUCAGUGCCACAGAGCGAAUCAAAGAGUUUGCAAUUGACAAGUGGCAGUGUGCAAGCUGUAGGGAGCAUGUUAGAUUUAGAUACACGGUGGUGCAGAGAAUCAGAGUCCGUGCACGCGGAGGCACACGUGAUGAAUCGGUCACGUGCGUCGUUUAACCGUAUGGGACCGAUUCCGAGAAGUUUCUCAGGGGGACGCAUAAAAAGUCCGUCUCACUGUUCUCACUUCUCAGAAGAAAACAAUACGUCUCGUCCUUUUCUUUUGUACCCUUUUUCUUUAGUUUCUAUUUUAUUUUUUUUUCAAUUUUUUUUGGCAUUAUAUAUUUAAAUUGGAACUUGGCCUGUAGAUUUACCUCUGUUAGUGAGAAUUUUACUUGUGGCUGUCAAACUUGGGAGAUUCAUAAUCAAUGUGAAGUUGUCAAUAUCCUGACAAAAAAUAAAAAA